AUGGUAAACAAGGAUAGUCAUAGGUUUAUGUAUUAUUUCUUGGCCUUCGGUGCUUGCAUUAGGGGAUUUGCCCAUAUGAGAAAGGUAAUUUCAGUCGAUGGCACUCAUUUACAUGGUAAAUACGAGGGAGUGUUGUUGAGCGUUGUUGCACAAGAUACGAAGAAUCAUGUUUAUCCAAUUGUCUUUUGUGUCGUGGACAAAGAAAAUGAUGGAUCUUGGAUAUUCUUCUUUGAGAAGUUGAAGGAGAUUAUGGUCGAUGAACCAGAAUUGUGCUUUAUCUCUGAUAGACACAAGAGCAUCCCCAACAGUAUUGUGAACGUUUACAAUCAUGCUCACCAUGGAUAUUGUAUGAGGCACCUUGGUGUAAAUCUCCACGUAAAUCAUCAUUGUGGAGAUUUCCUCUAUCUUUACUAUAACGCGGCAACGACUUAUUCUUUGGAGGAGUUUAACAAUCAUUUUGUAGAAUUCAAGAACAAAUUCCCCACGGAAGUCGUCGUCCCUGAGCAUGAUAUUGGUUUUGAGAAGAGGAGCAGGAAACAUUUCCCUGGUAAUGGAUAUGGUUUGAUGACUACAAAUAUCGUUGAGUCACUCAAUGCUAUGUUGAUAGAUGAAAGAGAGUAUCCUGUGGCAUCUAUAUUUAAUUUGAUUGCUAAGAAGUUUGGAGAAUUAUUUAGGGAGAGGCAUGCAUAUAUCCUCAAAUCAAUAGAAGUUACAAUCAAUGUAAACCUACUGGAAAAGUCAUAUUCUUGUAGUGAAUAUGACUUGAUCAAGAUAUCUUGUGCUCACGCGAUGGCCGCUUUGCGAUCAAAGCAUGGCAAUGAAUAUGGUAUGAGCAUCUAUCUGUAA